GCCGCCGCCGCCCGGAGAGACAGGACCGGAACCGCCUACGAGCUCCGCCGCCGCCGCCCGGAGCGCCCAACACGGCUAGCGUUUCAGCCGCCGCCGCGCAGCGUCCCCGCCCCGCCAGCCCCGCCGCGGGAAGGAGGGCUCGGCCGCCGGGAAGGAGGGCGGCGAUUGGUGCCGCCAAGUGUCACUUGCGGAAGACCCCGCGGACAUUGGCAUUUCUCUCGGGCCUGUCAUGCUACUCCGCCCAGUGAGAAGCGCAAGACGCGACGCGUCCUCCAGGCCUGCUUCCGAUUGGCUAAAAGGAAAGCCAAUCAGGCAGGUCUACCAAAUCAUUGGUGGUUUUGCGAGGUCCGAGGACGGGAGAAUGCCGAGCGCCUGGUCGGUUUGGCUUCCGAAUGGCUAGUACUUCCGUCAGUCACUACAGUUUAUGCUUCUGUCAUUGCCACGUCACCCCCCGCCCAUUACUCUGCCCUUCAUCCUCUUCCGCCCUUACGGAUUGGUGGUUGGCAUCAGCAGCUCAAGCUUUUCUACCAAUUACUGGGCGCAUCGAGACUGAGGAAGACCUGGAAACUCCGGGGCCACGUGAGCCACAGCCACGGUCGCAUCGGUAAGCACGGAAAGCGCCCAGGAGGCCGUGGGAAUGCUGGAGGCGAGCAUCACCACAGGAUCAACUCUGACAAACAUCAUCCGGGUCACUUCGGCAAAGCUGGCAUGAGGCAUUACCACCUGAAGAGGAACCAGAGCUUCUGCCCAACUGCCAACCUGGAUAAAUUAUGGACGUUGGUCAGUGAGCAGACACGGGCCAAUGCAGCAAAAAACAAGACUGGAGCUGCUCCUGAAAGACCCCCAGACUUGGGGAGACUCUCGCUCCAGUCACGGGUUGAGGUACCCCCAGGAAACACGAGAAGCCGGUCUUGAUGUAAUCAACAAGAGGCAGUUUUAUUUACGAGAUCUCGGGCUGACACGUAUCUCACACAGGAGAUUGAGUCAAGCCCCGAGCCUCUCUAGGCAGGAGCUUAUAUAGGGAAAACCAGGGGUUUCGUGUGAAUACACAUGAUUGGCUAAUACAAAGGGUGCACAGUUACUUUUGGCACGGAGUUACAUCAACAAAGCAUACGUGUAAUCUAGCAUCUCAGCAAUGUGGGCAGGGCAACUCAUCUCACUGCAGCAGGGGGAUGACCCAUCCUCAGGGAGUGAAUGAAGGAAGGGGAGGGGGUGGCUCCAGAUGGCCAGUGUCCUUGGGAGUUGAUAGUCGGGCCAGUGAGCCCUAUCUCAAAUUCUCUCAGGCAUGUCUGGACUUUGUUCAUGACUAACUUUUAGAAAUUUUAACCCUUCACUCCCAUCAUUGAUGUUGUUCGAUCAGGCUACUACAAAGUUCUGGGGAAGGGGAAGCUCCCUAAGCAACCUGUCAUCAUGAAGGCCAAAUUCUUCAGCAGAAGAGCUGAGGAGAAGAUGAAGGGUGUUGGAGGUGCCUGUGUUCUGGUGGCUUAAAGCCACUUCAGAGGUUAAUUAAAUGCAAACAUUUUCAAAAAAAAAAGAAAGAAAGAAAAUAAAUCAACUGUAAAAGAAAGGAAGGAAGGAAGGAAGAAAGAAAGAAAGAAAGAAAGAAAGAAAGAAAGAAGAAAAGGAAAAGAGAGGAAGGAUUUUUGUGGCUAAAAAAUUUGACCAGCAAUUAAGGGAACACUGUGAAGAUGUUCAUACUGAAUUGGUUCGUGUCUGGGAGGAAAGAUGGGUAAGGAGUGAAAAGCACCAGAUAGCAUUUAGCAAGGAGCUGAAAAGCAAGAGUUGGUGGAAGAGCAGAUGUUUACAAGGCUCUUCUGGGAGGAAGGCAGGUUAAACGAGGGAAAACAAGAAGCCCCAAAAGAAAGGAGACAGAAAGGUAGGAAAUACACAGGUGGGGCUGAAGGCCCAAGUCCCCAGCAUCCAGGAGAAAAGGCAGGCUGAACUGUGAACCGAAGGAGAGGAGGUCUGCCUCCUGUAGCACAGUACACAGGUCCAAGUGUAGAAUCAAAGAAAAGCUUUAGACACAGAAGACAAAACCAGAAAACUCAGAGCAUUUUUGCAAAAAGCCUUGCAAGAGAAGACAAAGUCUAUGCAGCAGGAGCACAGAGAAGAGGGGGCUGGAGCACGAAACUGGUGGGAUGGGCCCUUCAAGACUUAGAAAAGGAGGCAGAUAGAAAUAAGCAAGCGAGAGAAGGCAUGGCAAGACAACAGGAGGUACACCAUGGAUAUCGAAUCUGGCAAUGAAGGGAUGAAACAGCUCAGGAGAAAGUGAGAACACUAGAGGACUGGAAGGCAAAGAAGUUGGUUGGGGACGAUCAGAGGUUGGCACAUAAAAGGGGGCAAGGAUGGAACUCAUGAAUGGGGAUGUGUACACAGGGAAACCCAAAGUUCAAGAGAAGCAUAGGGAACUGAAUUAUAUGUAUCCUCCCCACUUGCCUUUAUUUCUUAAAAGUUAAUUGUUUAGUUAGCAUUCAGAAUGAGGGGGUUCACUGUAACAUUUUUUGUCUUUUUGUUUAAAGAUUUAUUUAUUUAUUAUAAGUACACUGUAUAAGUCUUCAGACACACCAGAAGAGGGCAUCAGAUCUCAUUACAGAUGGCUGUGAGCCACCAUGUGGUUGCUGGGAAUUGAAUUCAGGACCUCUGGAAGAGCCGUCAGUGCUCUGAGCCACCUCUCCAGCCCGACUGUAUAUAUAUAUUAUCAUUACACUUUGCUCUCACUCACCCUUCCCCACGGUCCUCCCUUGCCCUCUUUCCCCUAUGCUCAUACUUUAACAACCAAAAUAUUUAAGUGUGUGCCUGUGAAGUGCAUACUAAUGGGGAAGGUGGAGCCCUGCCCUGUUCAGGAGCAUUUUGGGAAGUCUUAGCAGAUGUGCUGGACAGUGGUUGUAGUUGUAAUCGAGUUUCCUUUUCUCUACUAUUCAUGUCCAGGGUCUUUCUUCUCUGCCUUUAAGGACAAACCUAUUAUGUGACCAUUAGAAAAGAUCUAAAAUUGUUCAGAAAUGUAGAUACAAAAUAUGAAAGCUUAUUAUAAUUAUACCUUACAAAGAUAAUCACUGUUUACCGUUUGUGUGGGUUCUUUCAUUGCCUUACUAUUUUUUACAAAUAUUCUAAAAACUGUUAAUGACCAACAACUUGGUACCUAUGCAAUGAAUUUGAUAGGGCUGUUGUAAGGAACCGUAGGUUUAUCGAGUAGCUUACCCACUUACUGAGUAGAAUCCCCACUUCAUAGUUCAUUAAACCAGAACUCUAAGACCAAGGUGACUUUUUUUCUGAAGUCUCUUUCUUUGGCUUUCAGAUGGUUGCCUGUGUCUCCCUAUCUCCCACUCUGCCUGUUUGACACCAGCCCUUGGAUUUGAGCCCACUCUAAUAAUCUCAUUUUAAUUCAUUCUUCAAAUACAGUAAUAUUCUGAAGUACCCAAGGCUAGGACUGGAGGAUCUGUUAGGACUUCGAGCUUGGGAAAUACAACUUCGCCACAUCAUGAAUUCAGUGCUGGGAUAUACGAAAGCUAUGGAGCACAGUAACAGACAAAGCCAGCACCAGUCAGUCCGUCACUCAGCCUAAGAAAUCCAAACAACCAACUUCCUGCAGCCUUCUCUCAACCUCACUUACCUGAGUGCUGUCCAAGUGAUCUUCAAAAAUGAUUCUCUCAAGAACUCAGGGGAAAUUGAGCCCUCAUUCACUGUUGGUGGGACUGCCCACAGAUGCAGCCACUAUGGAAAUCAGUGUGGAGAAUUCCCAAAAAGUUAAACAUACCUUAAGACCCAGCUAUCCCUCCUUGGCAUCUGUCCAAAGGACAGACAUCAUACUCCACAGAGCCUUGUUCAUCAUUGUUCAUUGCUGUUCUAUGCUCACCCAGUUAGAGAAUGGAGCCAACCACAUCCCUACAACUAAACAAAUGGACAAUACAAGUGUGGUACAUAUAUGCAAUGGAAUACCACUCAUCUGCAAAGGAGAGGACAUCAUGAACUUUGCAGGAAAUGAUGACAGACAAGAAGUAUCUGAAGAUUGACUUGCAACAGUUAAAAACUGUGCAGUGGAACACAGAGCCAUAAACAGGGUGGCUCUCUGCACUGGUUAAGAUGGCCAUGGUAUAUAUUAAAGGUAAAUGCAAAGUC